AUGGCGACUACAGCAAAUGAGGUUGGAGUCUCUCCUCCAGCUUAUAACGAUAAUGACGCCGCUGUCGAGCAAGUCACCGUGACCGAUGAUAAGCACGCCCUCGAUAUGAUGGACAAGGAGGCUGGCUUCGCUACCCCGGAUGGCCAGGAACCCACCGACGACGAGAAGCGUUCUCUCCGUCACAUUGCGGAGAACCUCCCCAUCUCCGCCUGGUUGGUAGCUAUUGUCGAGUUGUGCGAGCGUUUCACAUACUACGGCAUGUCUGGUCUGUUCCAGAACUAUAUCCAGCGUCCUUUGGAUGGUAGCCAGGGACGUGGUGCCCUUGGCAUGGCCCACCAAGGUGCUACUGGGUUGACCACUUUCUUCCAGUUCUGGUGUUAUGUUACCCCCAUCAUUGGUGCCAUUGUUGCUGAUCAAUAUCUUGGUAAAUACAAGACCAUUGUUUGGUUCUGCGGUAUCUACUUGAUUGGUCUCUUGAUCCUUGUUUUGACUUCCAUUCCUGUCGCCCUGGAACACGGCGCUGGUCUCGGUGGCUUUAUCGUGGCGAUUCUCAUCAUUGGUCUGGGAACUGGUGGUAUUAAGAGUAACGUUGCACCUCUGAUUGCUGAUCAGUACAAGCGCAAGAAGAUGGCUGUAUCAACUACUAAGAAGGGCGAGCGCGUGAUAAUCGACCCAUCAUUGACCAUCCAGCGCAUCUACAUGAUCUUCUACGGCUGUAUCAACAUCGGCUCCCUCUCUCUGCUAGCCACCCCAUACAUGGAGAAGUACAUUGGUUUCUGGUCCGGGUACCUGCUAUGUCUCUGCAUGUUCGCCGUCGGUACCGGAGUUCUCCUCCUUGGCCGAAAGUUCUACAUUGUGCGCCCUCCCCAGGGCUCCAUCAUUACCGACGCCUUCAAGGCUCUCUGGAUGAUGAUCAUCAACCGCAACAUGGACGCCCCCAAGCCCAGCUGGCAACGCGAAAACCGCAACGAGAAUGCCGUCAUGCCCUGGGACGACCAUUUCAUUGAUGAGCUCAAGCGCGCGCUCGUUGCCUGCCGUGUUUUCGCCUUCUACCCCAUCUACUGGGUUGUGUACGGACAGUUCUCCAGCAACUUCGUCACUCAAGCUGGUCAAAUGACCGGCCACGGCAUCCCGAACGAUCUGAUGCAGAACUUCGACCCAAUCUCCAUCAUCGUCUUCAUUCCCUUGCUUGAGACCCUCGUCUACCCCCUCAUGCGUCGUCUAAAGAUCCCCUUCCGUCCUAUCACCCGUAUCGCACUGGGUUUCGUGGUCGCUUCUCUCGCCAUGAUGUACGCCGCCAUCGUGCAACACCUGAUCUACUCCGCUGGUCCUUGCUACGGUAGCCCACUCUGCGACGCCUCCAAGAUUGACGGUACCGCCUACGGCAACAACGUGCACAUUGCCAUUCAAACCCCCGCUUAUGUGUUCAUUGGUAUCUCUGAGAUUUUCGCUUCCGUGUCCGGUCUCGAAUACGCCUACACCAAGGCCCCACCUUCCAUGAAGUCUUUCGUGCAGUCGAUGUACCUGCUGACCAACGCUUUCGGAUCCGCUCUGGCCGAGGCCCUGACCCCCGCUGCGUUCGACCCUGCCAUCAUGUGGAUGUUUGUCGGUCUUGCUGCUGCCUCCUGCCUGUGUGGUAUCGUCUUCUGGUUCAUCUUCCACCACCUUAAUGCUCAGGAAGAUGACAUGAACGCUCUGGACGCUGACGAUGGAAUGCCUGAGGCACCUGUCGAGCAAGAGCGCCGUGAGUCAAAGCAGUAG